CGAUCGACCAUGGAACAUUGAAAGCUAAAACUGUCAAAAAAAAUUCUAACCUCACAAAACAAAAUUUUGUAAACAAACGUAUCAUACGCAUUCAUCUAUUGCUGAAUUGAAAAUUGCUCAUUAUUCUCAUCACAAUGAAUCCCUUAACAAAUAUGAAAAAUGUCACCAAACUCAGUGAACUUGAGUUGACGCGAGGCGGUAAAUCGUCAUGGCACGACCAAUACAAAAAUAGCGCUUGGAUCUUUGUCGGAGGAUUGCCUUAUGAUUUAACCGAAGGAGAUAUUAUUUGUGUAUUUUCACAGUACGGUGAAAUAGUCAACAUAAAUUUGGUACGAGAUAAGGCGACGGGCAAACAAAAGGGCUUCUGUUUCAUUUGCUAUGAGGACCAACGAUCAACAGUAUUAGCUGUUGACAACUUGAAUGGUGUUAAAAUAUUGGGUAAAUCACUUCGAGUGGAUCAUGUGAAUGACUAUAAACCGCCAAAAGAUAAUGACAAACUGGAUGAUGAAACACGACAAUUGCACGAGGAGGGAUGUGCACCGAAGUUACAGUUGCCACCAAGUCAAAUAAAACGAGAGGAGUCAAAAGACGAAAUUAUCGGUGGAGUACGAUUGCCCAUGCGAUUGCCAAUCAGAGAUGUCAAACUAGAAAAAGACUCUACGAAAAAGGAGAAGAAAGAGAAGAAAUAUAAAAAGGAGAAAAAAUUGAAAAAAGAAAAGAAAGAAAAGAAAAGUAAAAAGAGUAAAAAGAAGAAACGCUCUUCAUCAUCUAGCCGAAGCUCAUCAUCUGAUUCGGACAGUUCAGAUUCGGAACGCAGACGAAAAAAAUCAUCGCGACGUUGAUUAUUUCGUCCUUCAUUAUUUAAUUUUAUCUUAUUUUAUGAAAAACAAAAAUACCAUAUCAUCAGCCAAUACGAAAAUGAUGUGUGGUCCUUCUUCGGCUACCGCAAUGAUUAGCAUUUUCAAUUGUAACAUUGAUAAUGUUUCGUUGUCGUUAUCGUUUAAAGAGAAGAUCACCACCAAAUGACAAAUAAAAUGUUAUUUUAACGAAA